AUGAUCGUCAAAACCGGCCUUGAACUCCCAAUUGACGACACCGGCAAACUAAUAUCGUGCGAGAACUGGAAUGCAACUGUGAUAAAGAAGGUAGAAGCAAACACCAAAGCAACCUAUACACUUCAGUGCGGUCUAACUAAGGAGGAGCUGAACCGCGUCGACCCGUUCUCGAGUGCCAAAGAAUUGUGGGAAAAACUGAUCGAGUUACACGAGGGUACAUCAGACAUGAAGGAGGGUGAAACAGCAAACCAAUUGCAUGCACGCAUCCAAGACCUCCUCAACGGUCUCCAUGCAAUCAUACAAAAGGUGGAAAAUAGAGACAUAACCAGAAUUCGAAUUGCACGAACAGAUUAA